UAGAAAAGGACUGCGCGUGGACUUUGGCGCUCAGUUUAACACGCGCCGGCGUAGCGUGCGUCUCGAGCGAUUUUCCCUCGGUUGCUCCGAACCCGGUCGACGAAUGGCGAUUUAAAGCUGCGCGCGCGGAGCGCUGCUAGGGAGAAUUCAUUCGUGUUUUGUGUUUUGUUUUUCUCUCCUCUACGCCAACGACGAGAGAGACCUAUGUGUGCGACGAUGAUCCGCGUCGCGAAUGUUCACGUGUAGAGAGCGGCGCUUCGCGGGAUCAUCAUUAUUAUCUGUCAGUGCUCCGGCGGUGCGUACCACCGUUAUAGGUUUUCACCCCCCUCGCGAUGACGGCCGAGACCCCGAAGGUGGAGUUCGCUCUCGGCAGCGAGGUCUCGCCCGGCCGCUUCUUCAAGAGUGCGUUCGCGCGAAACUUCAUCAGCAGCGGCCGCGACUGCAAGUCCCUGGAUUACGAGCUCCUCGACAACGUCGAGGAGCGCGAGGAGGACCGCAACAACAACGCCGGCGGGCGGAACAAUAAUUUCUUCUCGCUCGUGAAUUUCGCGGACAGCAGGUCGUCGGCGGCGAACGGCAGCGGCGGCGAUGACGACGCCGCGGCCGCUCUCUGGGAACAACCGAAGCCAAAGGAGGCGGCACAGCCGGCGGCUGCAGAUGCGAAUGAAUUGGAGAAACUUCGAAAGCAAUGCCAGUCGUUGAAGAAGGAAAACCGGAGGUUGCAGAGCGCCUUUCUGCAAAACGUCUUCCUUCAAGCGCGAGUCGACACGCUCCAAUGGCAGGUCAAACAGGUCGAAUCAAACAGACAAAUGUAUCGUUCUACGAUGGAACAGGUCGCUCAUUUCUUAGGCCGGGCGCAUAGGAGCCUGGAGAUCCUGCACGCCAAGGAAAAUCCCAAGGAUAAGAGACGUGUGCCACGUAGCCGCAGCGUUCACACGGUGGUGCACGCGGACCCGUCGCCGAGCCGCAGUACAACGACGCCGUCGCCCUCGUCGUCGACGUCGUCGCCGUUUACUCGCGCCAAAUCGGUCACGCAGAUCGGAUCGCCCGGCGCUACCUGCCUCCGCGAGUUCACCUGGUCGGUUCUGCGAAGAAACGACCCGGUGCACUGCACGUCGCCGCGCGUCAAGCCGUUGUCGGAUCUCAACAAGACGAACGAGGUUUUCGACAACGUCGUUUAUCGCGAGCCCAAGCAGACGGAAUUGAACCCGGACGAGAUACCGCCGGAAAAGCUGUCCCAGGAGGCGUUUAGGUUACUGAGAACGGUCGAGUCUUUACUAUCGAUGCGAGAACCCGACUUAGCAAGAAUGACCCCAGUCGAGGAAGGAGCCUCCCCUUCCCCUACGGUGGACCAUCAUCGUCACAAUGACACGUCUUUCUCCAUAUCGGGUGGCAACUUCGCCAACUCGACGACCUUGCAAGACGCUGCCGCCUAUUCCGGUUGCCCCGGCGGCGGUCGUGGAAACGAAUCGACCGGCGGUCAGCAGGGCGACAGCAGAUCGCCGAGUCUCGUCAAAACGUCCGUCGCCGAGUUCACGCGUAAUCUACAGAGCUUCGCGCCGAGCGUGAGAAGAUCGCCCGACACCGCCUCCUGGAACUCCGGUAGCAGUAAAACGACCGAGGAGGAGGACAUCGUCGCGUCCAACGGCACACCGAUCUCGACGCUCAGCAGGGCUGCCGCGAAGCGGCUGGAGAAGAAGGAGUCCACGGGGCCGGCCGGCAAAUCUAAAGUGAAGCCGGCGAGCAGUCCGGUGAGCAGCGCCGAGGGCGAAAGUGGAUUCUUCUCGAUAAGCUCCUUCCAGGAGGUGGGCUUGCCCGCUUCGGUAGUCCCGCUGUCGUCGUCGUCGUCGAUCACGCCGGUUAAGGGUUGUCACACCGAGGUAGGCCUGCCGGAGGUGCCCCUGGACAAGACCAGACACCGGCGGUGGUCCUCCACGCCGGCGGAGUUCCAGGCGCUCUUCAAACAGCACCGGGCGAGCUUCGGCGGCACGCCGCAAACCGCCACCGAGUCCGUCAGCGUCUGUUGGGUUUGAGUGCCGCGGGAGAGCCACGUCGAUUACGAUCCCACCGCAAGCGAUCGUCAUGGUUUCAGGUCGGAUCUCGCGGAUUACCUCGGAAUUGCGAGCGCAAUUUUCAGGAACAAUAUUUAAACAAAAAUCAAUAGGGAAUAUCCAAGUAAUUUUGUAAAUAAUUUUUUACGCAGUCGCUUCUUCUUGUGUUACGUUGAUGCAGUUUGAUUGAAUAGAAUUAUACUGAUGAAGUACGACAGAAACUGAUGGGGCGAUUGAUAAAUAAUUUGCGAUUCGAUCGUUCCGAUACAAUGAUGAGUCGAAUGUGUAUGAAAGUUGUUUCGUCGGUAGUAAUGCGAAAUGACACCGAUGCAUGCAGUUUAUUAAACUUUCUUAUAAGAAAAUUAUCUAUCGGAAUGUGCUAACAAGUAAUAAGGAAGCGCAUAAAAAAUAAAGAAUUUAUAUACGUGCGUAACUGUCGAGUUUCGUAGAUGCGGCCAUUUUGUAAGUAUAGAAAAGAAGAAUAGUGUAAUCUCGACAUUUUGCAAUCAGCCAUAUCUCUUGUAGUUUCACCACUGAUACGAAUUUCGUGCAUAUCAUACAACUUAUACUUGUCCCUGCACAUGCGUGCGUCGCAUUUAACAAUAACUUUGUUAGCCAACAGUUUACGCAAGUUUCAGAGAAGCCCGACGCGUUACAUACAUUUUACGAUUUACAAUCGUUACCAUUUUGCCGUCAUUGAUUAAUUAGUUAUUAUUUAAUAACUUAUUUUUUAAUUGAGGUAACUCGAUUCAGUUUAAAUACAACUAAAACAAGUUUAAUAAUUUAUACUAAUUAUAUCGCAAUAUAAUUCAAAUUAGCGUAAUUAAAUUUAUUAGCAUGACAGUUCCGGAAGGAUUCAGAAGAACAUAACAUAAAUUUUAUCAUUUUAAUCGAUUAAUUGGAAUCUGCUCCAAAUGCUUUUGCCAAACGUAUAUUUUGUAUUAUGUUCUAUCUGUUAUUCUUGUAUAUGUUAAUGGCGGUGCGAAAUAUUUACAAUCUAAUAUUUCCACUAAUUCGUAUCUAAUUAGAACUAAUUAUUCGCAUGAUAAUUAUCUAAUGAAAUACCUUUACAUUAUUUAUGGCGCUUAAUUUUUAAAAUUUCUCGCAGACAAAGUUACAAUUUUCACAAACUAGUUCAUUAAUUCAUUAUGCGACUGUAAUUCACGAGGUCAACAGAUCUUUUAAUGUAAUGAAAACUGCGUGAUCUGAGACUAUCAUAGUUCUAGACUUUACAAUAUUGCGUUCUCUACAUAUUCUUCAUUGUGCGUAAUUUGUCAUUUUCAUUCGUAAUUAUACAAUACAAUUGAAUAUCAUGCCAAA